AUGUCAUCUGAACAAAUAUCUAGUACUGCAUCUACACAAUCUGUUAGAGCUAAGUCAGAUCCUACAUGGGAGCAUUGCACUGCAAUACCAAAUGAAAAAGGUGGCAAGCCUCGCUUAAGAUGCCUAUAUUGUGGAAAGGAAUUUGGUGGUGGUGGAAUACACAGAAUGAAACAACACCUUGCUGGAAAAAAAGGAGAUGCAACUAGUUGUAAAAGUGUACCACAUGAUAGACCAGCUAAGAAAUUGAGAAAAGAAGAGGACAAUCCAUUGGAAGUGGAUGAUGAAAUUGUGCAAGAAAUAAUUCCUUUAAGUUCCUCUCAACUAGCUAAAAGAAAGGCAUCUACAGCUGGAGACAAAUUCUUUGCCCCAAGGACAAGCUCGGGAGCACAGCCAGGAAUUCGAAGUGCAUUUGCAGGUAAAGAAGCUUUGCAUAGAGCGGAUUUAGCUGUGGUUAGGUGGUUGUAUGAUUGUUGCAUUCCUAUGAAUGCUGUAAAUUCUGUUUACUAUCAGCCCAUGAUAGAUGCUAUUUCAGCUAUUGGCCCUGGUUAUAAAGGACCAACUUACCAUGCUGUGAGAACCAAAUUAUUACAAGACAUGAAAAAGGAGGUGCAAUUAUUAGUUGAUGAAUGUAGAAGCUUUUGGGCUGAGACUGGAUGUACAAUAAUGGCUGAUGGUUGGCAAGAUCAAAGAAAUAGACAGUUGAUUAAUUUUCUUGUUUAUUGCCCUAGAGGAAUGGUUUUCAUUAAAUCUGUUGAUGCAUCGGAUAUUGUUAAGGAUGCUCAAAAUCUUUGCAACUUAUUCAUGGAUAUGGUUGCUUUUACUGGUGCAAACAAUGUUGUCCACUUGGUAACUGAUAAUGCAGCUAAUUAUAAAGCUGCUGGAAGGUUGUUAAAUGAUAAGUUUCCUUCUAUUUUCUAG